UCGCCUUCUGCUCUCUAUAUCUAGAUUAAACCUCGCAUGAAUACACAUUCUCAAUUCCUUUCCUCCGAUAUAUUAUUUGGUCAUUAUAACAAACUGCCCCAGAAACCCCCGAGCUCACCUCGUUUCAAACUACUUUUUUUGUUUUUUUCCAUCUCCGCAUCGCAGAGAAGAGUUGUCAAGAAGAGAAUGGAAAUCUCCAACCCGCGGAGGAUUUUGGCUGUCAGUCUGGAAGGCUCAGAAUCGCAUCUGAGCCGUGUUCUCAAAGAUCUCACGGGCUCAUCCCCAGACUCCUCAUCAGCCUCACUAGCAGGCAUCACACACGACCUUGAGCUCAAAACAUCAUACUACACAGCCUCCGUCCCAAUCUGGCUAGACGUCAUUGCCUCGCCUUCAGAAUGGGCCUCGUCGUUUCUCUCCGAAGAGGCCCGCGAGGUCCUUGCCGUUUUGGGCGGACUUGUGCUCGUCUUUGCGAUACCGAAUGAGAAGCCUGCUGUUCUGACUCAAGAUGGCCAACCGCCCAGUCUGAUUCGGCAUGUGGGCAGUGUUGUUCAGAAAGGUCUUGGUGGGUGGGAAUGGGAUGGAGUUCGGCUGGCUAUUGGUAUUGGCGAGGGAGACGCCGAUGAGUGGGAUGAGCUGUGUGCGGAAGCUGGGUUGGAGUUUGUUCAGCUUAAAAGUGAACAGAUGGGAAAGAAUGAAUUUGGAGAACAGACGGGUAUCCCUCGUGUCAGAGAAGCACUGGAAUCAAACGACUGGGAGCAACUAGAUGGCGGAGAUCCACUAUCAGACUUUGACGAGGCGCAUUCCGACAAUUCCGACGGCGCGGAGGACUUCAACCCAGAGAGCUUAGAGUUUGGCGUCGACCGUUCUGAUUUCGACGGCCUGCGUAUGGCGAUAUGGGAGACGAGUCAUCGCGAAACAGGCGAGUCCGAAAAUGCCGACACGGCCAAAGCUACGCCGGAUCAGCCAAAGGCUUUAGAUGUAGCGGGAGGCUCUGCCGCUGCUGACACCAAGGACGAAGACGGCGAGCUUGGUGACGAGGACAUUGCAAAGGUAGAAAAGAUGAUGAGAAAGCUUCAGGCCGCGAAAGAGAUGGGCGAGGGCAUGAGUGAGGCGCAAAGAAAGCGUUUGGCAGCUAGGGCAGUGGAGGAGGUGAUGCGAGAGCUGUGAAAGCUGGAGAGUUGAUACAAUGUUUCUUCUCUUAUCGACUUGGAGACUCAUGAGUGACUCAGGUACCGGAGAUGCAUAGUCUCAUGUUGGUUUUUCAUGCUGGAUUGGCGGUCAAGUUUCAAGCGUAUCAUGCACCAGCACGUGUGAAAUGCUGUAAUAGGUAUUUACUCUGUUCACUUGACGUGUGUUGGGCCUUUCCAAGGAUCACCGUGCUGUGUAAUUGUUAUAUACUACCGACAUAUCUCGCCAAGCCCAAGACACCUCUACACUCUUUACCGACUUCAGUAAUACGACUUACUAGAAGUAUAUCAUGCAUGCAUGUUGGAGUGAUACAUUUUAUGUACUACUGUACGAUAUCUGUGGCUAGCUGCAAGGGACUGCCAUCAAGCAUCAUGCCAAAGCGUCAAAGGUGAGACAUGCGCACGCCGUGCAUAAGCCACAGCAAGGAAGGCUCUCGGUGACUUUCGUCCGCAUCUUGUAAGUGUGUCUUGGCCGCUGGCCGAGAACGGCGAGAGAUGCAAGGGACCUGAGACCUAAAAGAUGCAGCUGCGAAAAUCAGUAAAGAAUCUUGAUGUUUUUGCUGCAUUGAUAGCGUCUCGAGACUUGCGAGUUAGGCUCCUCUAUCUUAGAAAGAGAGCCAAAGCUGGAGUUGGAAGGUAAAUCACGUAUCUGGAGUGCCAGAGUCAUCUUGGUUUAGAGAUUCUUCACGAAUAGAGAGAACUAGCCGUCCUCACUGGUUAGACUCGUUUCUCUAACGGUCGAGGCUAGUCUUGGCCAAGGUGAGACAGGCAACACGCUGGCGGGUGAUGCUGCACUAAAAAAUGCUCCAUUGGCGGGAGUGGCAAAAAGGGAGACAAGAAAAAAACAAGCCCAGAUAGCCAGGUGAGGACUGAAGCAGCGUGAAACAUCAGACGAUGCUGAUUGCAAAGUGAAUCGCUCACAAUCUCUGUGUUUUCAUCGUAAUAGAUUCGGUUCAGUAACACAGACACUCAAUCUCUGUUAGAGAGCAGAUCAGUCUGCACUCUGUAUCAAUUUCGUAUACUUGAGUCAACGACGACGUAGCCAUUGCUGAUACAUGUGGCUUUUCCUUUCAAAAGAGAGAUACGACCGGACUCCACCACUGUAAGUGCUGAUAUCCUAGCUG